AUGGAUCAGUUCGUGACGACCUACCGCAAGGAUUAUCUGUGGCCAUACGUUAGGACGUAUCCUCUACGUGAAGGGCCUGCUUAUGCAACGGUAUUACCACCUCGAGGGCCUUAUUCAGGUGUGCCAUGCACCUGCGGUGGAGGCCCCGGUGGAGAAAUGCCACCGACGGAAAUUGUAGCUCCCCCCAACGCUGACUCCUAUGAAUGGAGUAGGUUGGGACCCAUGGGACCGCUUCUGGACCCUAAAUUAUAUCCCGCGAAAGUUGGGGCAACUCCUGAAACACCCGGGAUGAGAGUUGACCAGCCGAAUACGUACUUAAAGAAGUUGCAUGAGAAAUAUCCGUACCUGUAUAACGUACUUAAAAGUGCGCCACCGGACGACAUGAUAAGACGAAUAAACGUAGACCGUCUCAAAACAACGUAUCAGGUUGACUACUGUCACUUGGACGAGCAUCCUUCGGGCGAUUACAAGAAUCUCCUCAAGGCUGCUGGGGUCGAUGAUGUCGCGCCUUGUCCUCCGCCCACUCAACUUCCGGGAGUCGAAACCCGCCCCAGACUCAAGCUCGUUAAGAGGAUAGAAGGAAAAUGUGUGAAAAGAUCUCGUUUCGGUGUCGAAGAAGACGGGUCAUUGGCCAGCACGGUCAUACCGCCGUGGAAAAGUGAAUACGCUGACGGGAUUUCGAAAACUGGUCAAACUAUAAUAAAAGAAAGACUUCAUCAACACGGUGGUUUGUCCAAGGGUAAAAUUUCGUACACAAGAACCGGCUGUUCCAUAAGCGAAGAAGGAUCCAUAUUAUAUUACCAGAUUUUAAAUGGGAACGAUUGGAUCGAUGAUCAGCAAACGGGGGAUUUAAAUUAUCGCAUCCGUGUUCAAGGAGUGAAGAAGCAAAAAAAUAUAGCCCAUUUAUAG